CAAGUCACACAUGACUCAAAGCCUAGAAAUUAUGGCUAGAAAGCCAUUAAUAAUCACCCCUGCAGUGUGUCUAACUCAACCUCAGCACACCCCUCUGUACGUGUCCAAACCAUCCAAUCACCGAAGACGUCAUGACGGCCUAAUCGCUGAUUGGGUCGACACGACAAUAAGCAGAGGCAGCGUUGUUCUUCGGAUAGGUCCAAUCCCACCGUGGCAUCAUGCAGAGUGUGUUUAUAAGAAGCUGGGUCCAGUGAUCUGGUGCUACAUGCAGGAAAGUUCUGCAGUAAGUGAAGAACAGGACCGCGGGACACUUUGACCUUUUAAAGGUAAGAUGGACUGAUGUGAUGUCUGGUUCCACUCUACAGGCCUUUUGAAGUGAACUGCUUUUCUACUGGUGUAAUGUUACUUACUCAGGUAUCCAGUUACCCGCUGGAAGAAAAAAAGCUUGCAUGGUGGGCUGCCAGUCCUGCUUUCUAUAGUUUUUGAGUUACGUUACUUCCUCCAUUUGUUAACCUCCACUGAGUGACUGAAUGACGGGAGGUGGAUUUGAUUUAAAGAGAUCUGAUUUUGAGCUUCUUCUCAGUAUUGUGGAGGGACUCAACUCCUGUUUAUUCAAACUAACACUUUACUCUCCUUUCUUUCUCUUUGCAGCAUCACAGGACUUCUUCCCCACGAUGUUCAACACCACCCCGAAUCCCACCAUCGACCUCUCCAUGAACUUUACCACCCCCGCCGGCCCACAUGGAACUCCACCGUGGUACCAGUUCCCCGUGUGUGCCGUGGCCCCUUACGGCUUCAUUUUCUACUUCGGGGUCAAGGUGUUCAACCUGGCAGUGGGCACGCCGUGUAACAUCCUGGUCAUCUGGCAGAUCGCCGCCAGGAAAAGCGAUUCAUCCACCUCUGACAUCUUCAUCUUCAACCUGGCCAUCCUGGAUGCCUACUUCUGCCUCAUGACGCCCAUCGAGAUGACGAACCGGCUUCUGCUGGAUGACAGUCAGAUCUGGUACUCUCAGAGGUUCGCGUAUGGGAUCAAAGACGUAGCUCCACUCUUUCUGGUGUGUAUCUGCCUGGACCGCUACAUGGCAGUGGUCCACCCAGUGCUCUUCACUGGUAUUCGAGACAAUAAGAUCCGGAUUGGCAUUUCCGUGGUGGUCUGGGGCCUCAUCCUGGCUUACGGCCUCACCAAGUGCAUCCUGGGAGUCAUGAGCGUCAACGAGGUCUUCAGCGGUGUCAUCCUCUUUUCCUUUGCGGUAAUGAUCUUCUGCAACAUCUCCAUCAUCUGGGUCCUCCGGCGUUCCGUGGUGGGAAAGGAGGAGAUGCACCCGGUGAAGAAGAAGGCCUUCAAGAUGGUGCUGAUCAUCCUGGCCAUCAUCGUGGCCAACUACCUGCCGCCGGUGGCUCUCAUGCCCUUCGUGUCAUACUACUCGUUCAUUGUGUUCCGCUGCCAGAUCAGCAUCAGCGUGUUCUCCAUCAUGGAUCUGAGCUGCAGCAUCGAGCCCCUCCUCUACAUCACCAAGAUGGAGCGUGUGGAGGGCAUGUGCUGCGGACGCAGCUUCUCCAAGAACCCACAAGAUGUCAAGGUGUGAUCAUGGACUGCCUUCAAUCAUACAUUAACUAGUUAGGUUAGGUUUUGUUAAGUUUCUUUCCAUCUCAAAAAAUGUUUUCAUAAAUUAUACUGUGAUUGUAUUGUGAUUUGAACCAAGGUACAUUAUUCCUUUAAGAGGUGGGUUAAUUCUCCACAUGUUCUUACUAGAAACCCUUCUCGUUAACACUUAAACAUCUUUUUGUCCGUUUUAAUGACAGCCUGGGGCAGAAGCUGGUUUACGGAGCACUGAUUAAGCACUAAGCCGGUCAUUAAUUUAGCCUCGCAAUCAGGAAUGCACUGUGGGACCAAUUAGCAACAGCGUAAUGAGCGGGCAUGGACAUUAUGUAAGUGGUUAACAAACUAAAUACAUAACACACUGUAAUUAAUAAUGGAGCACACAUAAGUAGUGUAAAGACUGCACAAUGAUGUAAGUAACAAGUCGCCUAAUCAGAGUUGUUUGGGAGAAAUUCAAUAUAUAUAUAAUAAUGAUAUAAAUUAAACUCUCAGACUGAUAAAAAGUGAUAACAA